CCGGUAGCUAGUAGAGACAGGUAUAGAUGGUAUAGAUACAGUCAGAGACGCAUCGUACACACACGCGAUAACGAUAACCCAAUCCUUUUCCCGACCGGUACUUUUGUCUUCCAAACGGAAAACGAGAGGGACGUCUGGUAGUUUUCGGAUACUGAACUUGUUCGGGAUACAAAAAAGAGAUUCCUGCACCGCUGUCUAGUAUCAGAGAUCGUGGACGAUCGAUCGGAUCGACGAAACCAUGUACGUCGACGAGGAGGCUUUCGAGUCCCACGUGAUAAACGCUUGCACGGAGGGACAAUUAAGCGCGAUUGCUGAUUAUCUCGAAUCGCACGAGGUAGAUCAAUUCCUGACCACUGGAUGGACUCUACUUUUGUAUGCCGCUUCCGAAGGACGAUCAGAGAUCAUAGAAUACCUUACGAACAAUGGAGCUGACGUCAAUAGGCACAAAGAGGGUUACACACCGUUAAUGGCUCUGUGCAAUUGUAGCAGAGGUACGACGGAGGAGCGUAUGAAAUGUUUAACGCUACUCAUCGCACUGGGAGCCGAUGUAAACACCAGUGAUAAAAGAAGACAAACGGCUCUAAUGUACGCUUGUAAGUCUCAAGAGCCAGAAUUUCUUAUAGAACUUUUGAAGCACGUAAAGGAUAUCAAUGCUAGUGACAAUAGGAAUCAAACUGCUCUGAUGUACGCGACAAUAGCUAACAGACCAGAAAUCGUUCAAUUAUUAAUGGAACACACGGCUGACGCCACGUUGACCGAUUGCAAUGAUUUAACCGCGAGCGAUAUCGCCGCUGAGAAAGGAUACGAUAAGAUUUUGUCAUUGUUAAACUACAGAGACACUACUACGGAAGAAGAGACGACGGACACUUAUGAAAUAUCCAAGCUAGAAACUUGGAGAGACCAAUUCCCAUCGUUGACGACCAUAGACGAACGUACCGUGGAUUCUGACGUAUAUACGAUGUUACAUGCCAUGAAUUUAGACAGUUACACGUGCAAUUUUCGAGGAAUAAGCCUGAAAACGUUCCUACAAUUGACCGAUAAGGACUUGAUGAAAUUAGGGAUGGAUAUUCGUGCACAUCGAGUCUGGUUCAUGGAAAAGCUCCACGAGUUUCACUGUAAGGAGUGGAGCGUGAAGAGUCUCGGAAAAAUGGACCCAUUAUCGCCUUACACACUGUAUGACGGUAUAAUCUCAUUGGGCACAACGGUCAAGCAACUUGCUGUCAUCGGUUCGAGCUUCUCGUACGUUAGAAACAACCUUUUGGAAAGUUACAACGAUACGAAUUUGAUCGAUGAGAGACAACGACGUAGCUACGAGGAAGAGAUGGAAAAGGCAGAAAAAUCUCUUGCUACUCUCGAGAAGGAGCUCACGCGAAUGAAGAACUUUUCUAAUAAAAAACGGAAGGAAAACGAGAUUCCUGCGCCAACCUAUAUCGGACCGAAGAAGGAACAUAAGGCGAAUUGGCCCGUGUUCUUCAGUAUUACGUUAAUCGUAGGAAUUUGUGUAUACAAGACGAAUAUCGUUCCGAGAUUGAUAUACCGUUAGAAUUACUCUACUGUAAAAUCUUCCUAUCUGUAAAAUCUGUUUUCUUCUCACGUUCCACGCUAGGAACACAUUAAAAUAUAAUAAAAUAUAUAAGA